AUGUUUUAUCUGUGGGUGUGUGCGGCUAAUUUACCUAUAGUAAUAAAUGAGAAGAAACAUGACGAACAAGCUGCGACCAUUGCUAAAUUACAUCAACUUUUGAAAGCAAACAAGGCCAAGACAUUCAUGGGCUUAGAUGAUACUUCGGGGUUGGUUAAUAACGACUACUCGUACCAUAGCAAUGUAUUUGUCGUACCGAACAAUAUACCAGGGAAUAAAGAUGUGCGUCAGACCGUCCGAGGUUUUAAAGUUUCAGUGCCGUACUACUCAUCAGGCUUUAACAGUUAA